AUGCUGAUGCAAAUGAUUGGUGACGAAGUAGUGAGCACUGAUAUUCACAUAUGCACGAAACUUACUGAUCCGGCACCACGGAUGGAUAAUUCGUCGGAAAAUCACUACGAAGAAUUGAUGAAAUGGGAAAUUGAUAGGAAGAGUCUCGUUUUUAAAGAGCAUAUUGGAAGUGGGCAGUUUGGAAAGAUCCUAGUUUUCUUCAUUAUUGUGCUUCAGCAACCGUUUCUCAUCAUAACCGAAUACAUGAAAAACGGAUCGCUUUUGGAUUUUUUGAAAAAAGGUGUUCAUGAAAAUCAUUUGUGUACCGAAUCAGCUAUGAAUAUUUCCUCACAGGUAGCGUCUGCGAUGUGUUACCUUUCUGAUAACAACUGUGUUCAUCGUGACCUCGCCGCUCGGAAUGUAUUAGUUGGAGAAAUUUCUGAAAAUCAUAUUCCAUUGGUCAAAGUUGCCGAUUUUGGCUUAGCUCGGCAAAUGACUACAAACAACGACACUUAUUUCAUGUCGACAGAUGUUCCAUUACCGGUAAAAUGGAUGGCACCUGAAUCAUUCCUCUUUAAAAGAUUCAACAUGAAAACAGAUGUUUGGUCUUUUGGCAUCCUUCUCUGGGAAAUAGCUACAAUGGGAAAAACUCCGUACGCUGAAUGGUCUUCUGAACAUACAAUGGAGAUGGUUUCUUCUGGAUACAAGUUACCGAAACCUUCCGCAGUUGUUGAUUUUCUUUAUGAAGAUGCUUUUUUACCUUGCAUCGAUUUAAAUCCAGAUGAAAGGCCAACAUUCAAUCAAUUAUGCAAAUAUUUUGAUUAUAAUAUUAAUAUAUCAAAACCAAAGAUCCGAUCAAACCACAACUAA